ACAAAAGGUCACAUGUGGGGAGAAUGUUUUCAAGAAAUUUCUUAGGCAAACAAGACGAGGAAAAAGAUGAUUAAAAGUCAGAAAGGAGAAGAUAUAUAAACCACCCAAGUCAGAUGGAGGUCAUACGUAUGUAAACGGCAUAGGAGAUGUAGCUAGUUGCUGACCACUUUAAACUACCCCGCUGCUUGGACGCCCACCACGAACCUCCCACCGAGAAGUGCACCUGUUCUGCUGAACAGCCUGCAGACGGAUGCUCCAGAUGAACACAGGAAGAGAAUCACUUGUAAUGCAGCCUUCAGCUCUUGAGCUGCCAGCUGACACUGUGCGGCGCAUAGCGGCCGAACUCAAAUGUCACCCAACAGAUGAGCGGGUUGCUGUCCGCCUCGAUGAGGAAGAUAAGCUGCGGUGCUUCAGAGAAUGUUUUCAUAUUCCCAAAAUGCGGGAUCUGCCUUCAAUUGAUUUAUCGCUAGUGAAUAAGGAUGAAAAUGCCAUCUAUUUCUCGGGGAAUUCUCUUGGCCUUCAACCAAAAAUGGUUAAAACAUAUAUUGAAGAAGAGCUAGAUAAAUGGGCCAAAAUGGGAAGCUAUGGUCAUGAAGUAGGAAAGCGUCCUUGGAUAACAGGAGAUGAGACUAUUGUAGGACUUAUGAAGGACAUUGUAGGAGCCAAUGAGAACGAAAUUGUCUUAAUGAAUGCUUUGACUGUUAAUUUACAUCUUCUACUGUUAUCAUUUUUUAAGCCUACCCCAAAACGGCAUAAAAUUCUUCUGGAAGCCAAAGCCUUCCCUUCUGAUCAUUAUGCUAUUGAAUCACAGCUACAACUUCACGGACUUAAUGUUGAGGGAAGUAUGCGGACCAUAAAGCCAAGAGAGGGGGAAGAAACCUUAAGAACAGAGGAUAUCCUUGAAGUAAUUGAGAAGGAAGGAGACUCGGUUGCAGUGAUCUUGUUCAGUGGGCUACAGUUUUACACUGGACAGCUCUUUAAUAUACCUGCCAUCACCAAAGCUGGACAAGCAAAGGUACGCACGUCCUUUCCUCCUUCCCACCAUACCCUAACCACCACUCUGCCAAAGAGGGUUCUACCUGCACUUCCAGUGAUGUACCUUUUGUAUUUAGGUAAACCCAUACAAUUUAAUUUCUUUUCAAUUCAGUAUUUAAAUUCAGGAGCAGGAGGUAUUGCCGGCGCCUUUGUCCAUGAAAAGCACACCCAUACCAUUAAACCUGCGUUGGCGGGGUGGUUUGGCCAUGAACUCAGCACAAGGUUUAAAAUGGAUAACAAACUGAAAUUAAUCCCUGGGGCCAGUGGGUUUCGAAUUUCCAAUCCUCCCAUUUUGUUGGUUUGUUCUCUUCAAGCUAGUUUAGAGAUCUUUCAGCAGGCAACUAUGAAAGCACUGAGGAGAAAGUCUAUUUUGCUAACUGGGUAUCUGGAAUACCUUCUCAUGCAUUACUAUAGCAAAGAUAAAGCACAUGCCCAGAAGCCAACUGUGAGCAUAAUUACGCCGUCCCGUAUAGACAACCGGGGCUGCCAGCUAACACUGACAUUUUCUGUGUCUAAGACAAAUGUUUUCCAAGAACUAGGAAAAAGAGGAGUGGUUUGUGACAAGAGAGAGCCGGAUGGCAUUCGAGUGGCUCCCGUUCCUCUCUACAAUUCUUUUCAUGAUGUUUAUAAAUUUGUCAAUCUGCUCACUUCUGUACUUGACUCUAUAGAAACAAAAAAUUAAGUGUUUUCUAGAAUUUAGGCUACUAUACUGAAAGCUGCUGUGCUUUUUAGUGUUACUCAUAUUUAAUUAUUGAAAGUAUUUCAAAAUUGACUACGGGUAACGAGUAAUAAAUCAUGUAUACGUUACAGAAAAAUCUGAUAUAAUAUUUCAGUCAAUGCCCCUGAGGAGUCCACACAACUAUGUAGUCUCUUGGUGUAUGGGGAAUCAAAGACUAACUCUAUUGGUCCAAAAUUCUGUACACAGUCUCAAGUGGCUGUCACAUUUCAUGAUCGUUGAAACAUUUUAUGUUGGUUCAAUUUACAGUUUGACUGACAUCUUCAUAACGUAUGUGGAAUUCGUGUGUCAGUUUUGAAUAUAUUACUUUCAUUUGAAUUUGCCAAGGAAAGGAAAAUACAUUUCCUAGCACAGUGGCUUUCAAAUGUUUUUUGCCACAAUCCAAAUUACCUCGAUCUCUAAUAUCAGUCUAGACUAGAGACUAUUGGUAUAGCAGAGACCCAUAUUCAUAUGUGUAUAUGCCAAAUUUUAUUGAUUAUAAGAUAUUUUUGUCAUAUUUUGAACAAUUUUGAAAGAGGAUACACCUUUAAUUUUCAAUUAAUAGCUUUUUACAAUCACCAUUGACCAUUCUGUCACAUUACCAUCUCUGAGAAUAGCAUGCUUUUCCUAAUGAAUAGGUGACAUCUUAUAUUUGAUUUUUUAAAAAAAGGUUCAUUGUCAAAAAUAAAAGUUUUAUAAAUUAUUUGCCUGUGUUCUGAUAUUCAGUAUUCUACUUUAUCUCGCUGUCAGAAAUGUUGCUUGAAACUCAUGAAAUUGAUUUCCUCAAUCAUUCUUGAGACCUAAUCUACACUUUUAAGAAUGUUCCUUUGUGAUAUAGGCU